GGCUGUACGUGUUGAUGGCGCGAGAAGAGUGGGAGGAGGUGGCCGGUUGCUUGACUGACAUCCAUCCCCCCUUUUAUGGGCACACAAGUGGUCAAAUGCCUCGCAGGAGCGAAUCGGGAAGACUUUCGCGCCCCCCCCCCAAAAAAAAAGAAAAGAAAGGGGGCUUGUGGCUUGGCAAGCAGCUGCAGUCGUUUCCAAUAAGACAUAUUUGACUCACCAGGGCCUGAGCCAGCCCGUACUCCAGCUCGGCGUUCCGUGUGGUUCAGACGCCUCUCGCCAGUCCUCUCGUGUCUACUUUUCCGCGCAAAGCACCGACACUUAAGCAACAAUGGAUGCCAUCAAGAAGAAGAUGCAGAUGCUCAAGCUCGACAAGGAGAAUGGCUUGGACAGAGCUGAGCAGGCCGAGUCGGACAAGAAGGCGGCUGAGGACAGGAGCAAACAGCUUGAGGAUGACCUGCUGGCACUGCAGAAGAAGCUGAAGUCAACAGAGGAUGAGUUGGACAAAUACUCCGAAGCCCUGAAGGAUGCCCAGGAAAAACUGGAGCUGGCUGAGAAGAAAGCCACAGACGCUGAGGGCGAUGUCGCCUCCCUGAACAGACGCAUCCAGCUGGUCGAGGAGGAGUUGGACCGUGCCCAGGAGCGUCUCGCCACGGCUCUGACCAAGCUGGAGGAGGCUGAGAAGGCUGCUGAUGAGAGCGAGAGAGGCAUGAAGGUUAUUGAGAACAGGGCGAUGAAAGAUGAGGAGAAGAUGGAGCUGCAAGAGAUCCAGUUAAAGGAGGCCAAGCACAUCGCUGAGGAGGCUGACCGCAAAUACGAGGAGGUGGCCCGUAAGCUUGUGAUCAUUGAGAGCGAUUUGGAACGUACAGAGGAGCGCGCCGAGCUCUCUGAGAGCAAAUGUUCUGAGCUUGAGGAGGAACUGAAGACCGUGCAGAACAACCUGAAGUCUCUGGAGGCUCAGGCAGAGAAGUACUCUCAGAAGGAGGACAAGUACGAGGAGGAGAUCAAGGUUCUUACAGACAAACUGAAGGAGGCUGAGACCCGUGCUGAGUUUGCCGAGCGAUCAGUCGCCAAGCUUGAGAAGACCAUUGAUGACCUAGAAGAUGAGCUGUAUGCCCAGAAACUGAAGUACAAGGCCAUCAGCGAGGAGCUGGACCACGCCCUCAACGACAUGACUUCCAUACCACCUUCACAAGCAGCUCGAGAAAAAACGUCUUCUCACCAACGAGCUGCGGGUAGCCUUAAAUGAGGCCUGAGGCAGCCCCUUUGCAUUUCCCUUCUUCACAAAUGUCCUCAUACUUUGAUGCAAAGAGCAUAUUCAACCAGCUGUGGUGCACAGCGCCAAUCAAUGGGUGCUUUCAGUCGGCAGGAGGAAAAAAAAUACUUUGGGACUUUUAUUAUCAUUAUGCAUGCUUCAUGAGACUCCUCGGUGGAAGCUCAGACACUGGAAAGUUAUCAAUGUGUCUGGUAUUUGUUUUUCUCAGUUACGGUCAGGGCUGUGGCACAUUCAUUCAUUAGAACCUGUACUAAAAUUAAUACUUGGCAGAAAGAAGCUAAUGACGAUCUUGGGGUUGCUAAUCCGAGUAAAACCACACUCAAUCCUCCCCCCAUUCCCCCAAAAGAAGACUAGUGCUUCAAGUUAUCUUGUAAGUUGCGCCUAGUCUAUUUGAAUAAAUUGCCCGGAACAGCAAGUUGAAGCUAACGAAUUAGGUGCUCGUGAUUUGCCAACUGAUUGGCCACUCUGUACAUUGCACAUUCAAGUUGUUGCUGUUCCACUCUAAUCCAGCAGGAGGCAGUAAAGUGUGUUUCAAACGGUUUCCAGUUCCUCAACAAAUUAAGAAGCCAAUGCUUCCGCUGACUGCAGACAAGGAAUUACAAUAUGGACUUCCCUGCGCCUUUGUGCCUUGAUCUAUUUUGAAAACACAAAAGAAAGAGACACUGAUGUAUACAGAUGCGCAACUAUAGCCUACUCCUUUUGGUAAAUCUAGACUGACUUAAAUAGCCCCAAAACAAGUCGGCGAGCUCAAAAUGGGGCUACAAGUAGGUUUGAUUCGCACAAUGGAUGAUGUGCUUUAGUCAUGGCGCAUAAAUCCAGUGUGUUGACUUUCAACACUUUUUUCCUAUUUAUUGUAGAUCAAGGCCGGGGCGGAUACUUAAAGGUCCAAAGCUCUGGACGCAAAGAUAGCCCGUUAAACGUUUGCACAGACUAUAAUGAGAGAGUAAUUCUAUUUGACUUUUUUUUUUUUUUUUCAACAUUUUUAACCUGUUAGCUAGUUUGUCAUGUAGAUAGUACAUUUUAUUUGUAUAGCCCUUAAUCACAAGAGUCUCAAAGGGCUUCACAGGCCCAUAGUUGACAAAGAUGGGUGAUAUCCCCUGAUCUAAACUCCCCAACCAGGCAAUGAAAAAACCCGAAACCCCCACUUGAGGAAAUAAGAAACUCAGAAAAGACAACAGAUGGAGAGAUCCCCCUUUCAGGGUAACCAAGCUGAAAAACGGAUUUCAAGUGGGCAAUAUUUGUCACAUGAUGGUGCUGUACAAUGUUGGGUAAAAUAGCAUAAGAGUCCAUUUCAUGAGAUGAAGCGCCACAGAUAGAGACUCCAUUGGGAAAGUCCUCGAUGCAAAAUCAAAGACCGUUAAAUACACUUGGGAUGGAAAAGCUUUUCCUGCAGAAUUUAGUCCCUUUUGCUCAGUAGCUUUAAGCCUUGUUUCCAUUGAGAGGUACAAUACAGUAUCCAUUUUUAUUUUUCAUUAGGGCUGACUGAUUCAGGAAAAAAAUCCAAUUGCGAUUUUGUUUUUUUUAAAUGUGUGGGAGCACGUUUUAGUGUCAUGUUUUUCGUUUGUUUUAUAUUCAAGGGGUAGAGUAGAAGUAUUUUUACAUACAAAUAUUUACUGUGACUAUAGUGAGGAUAAACGAUACGGAAAAUGAAUGACCUGACUACUGCAUUGGUGUAGGUUAGUGACAGACCAGUGCGUUCCUGCUUGCCUACAAAUUCGGGUUAUGAUUCAACCCCUGGAAUAGAAAUCUGUUUUAAACCGAGGACCUGUAUUCAGGUUUUUCGUUUAAUUUGUCAUCUGUCUAAUAAGGAAUUAAUUAUGGCCACAAACAGUAACGUAUGGAGGAAUUUGUUGCUGUGACCUUUGGCCGCGUUUGUCAAUGGACAAAUUUAAAAAAUAAAUGGUGAAAUGCUAAAUAGUCCUGAGUGUGAUAUAAGUUCCUCCCAGUUUUACAAUUCAUGCAAAUACCAAAUGACUCGGCACUGUCUGACCAAAACGAUAUGCCGGCUGUCUCUGCAUUUCACCGUUUUUUUAUUUUAUUCCUUUUUUUAUUUACAUAAAUCAUCAAGCGUGAGUCUUCAUAUAAGGCAAAUGCUCCCCCAAAAGUAGCCUUUAACAGACAUUGAGACUAUUUAAAGCGAAAUCUUUCUGAAACCAAGCUUUUUACUUUGUUGAGCAACUGCAAAAGUAUAUGCAAUCUUAUAUUGACUGCAAUCAGCAAAUUUAACUGUCGGCUGUUUUAAAUAUAUUUAGUUAUUUCAUGCAGUCGUGACCACAGCCCUGCUUGUUACUGAAAUUCAAAAUAUUAUGGUCACUAAUAUUGAAUACUAACUCCUUUGGUUUACACUUUGUCACCACGUUGUCUAAGAGAGUGUGCAGUAUAAUCCUGACUAGAGCUUCCUGUUUGUGUUUGCACUGAUGUUUUGAACGGGUCUUAACGCUGCCAUGCUAUAUUAACAGAUAAACUCAAUCGUGCUAAAGAAGAGGACCUGAGCGUAAAGCAGUUGCUGGAUCAGACUCUAAGGGAGAUCUGUGACAUUUGACCGCCAACAUC